UUGAGUGAUCGGUACCCAGAGUUCUAUCAAAUAUUAUAUGAUUAAAACGUUUUAUUUGAAAAUCUUGAAUACAAAUCAUUAGUUUAAUGGUUCACCGCUAUGGUUAAGCACAGGAAAACGACAGUUCCGCAUAAACAUGGGAAUAUCAACGAAUCUGGAUCGAGUUCGGGUGCCAGCGAGAGUUCUAUCGCUAGUCGGACAUUUCACUUGUUAUCUAUAUGGAAGACCGGUGUUGGAGUUAUGUGUUUUAUCAUAGCCGUGUACGUGGGCACUUUAGGUUACCUAGAGACUAGGGUUAACACACCACUUGACGAAGAAAAGGCAGUCCAACAAUCAGGACUGGCGGUACCGGAAAGGUAUUGGGGAACGUAUCGUCCGGGAGUAUAUUUCGGAAUCAAGAGUCGAGAGCCACGAUCCCCGGUGUUUGGGAUGAUGUGGUAUGAGCUAGCCGCAUCAGCCCAUAAGGGGAUAAGGCAUUUGUGUGAGCAAAACGAUAAUCUACCGACAUAUGGCUGGUUGAGACACGACGGAGUCAACUUCGGUGAGCAGCUUGUGUCAGAUCCCCCCCAUGAUAUACACACCUCCUUCAUUACGACACCCGGUGGGGAGUAUGGAGGACAAUGGACAGCACGUAUCAAUAUAACGGCGACCGGUAAAGAAAACACACCCAUAGUAUUGAUUUGGUACGGUGCCCUGGAUGAAUCGAUGGGUGCUGAUGAGCAUUCGAUACUCUGGGCGGAGUACGGAGCCUUAAGGGGGCACACGCCUGCGAUAGGAAACUUCAAAGUACAUCUAGUACCUCAUUCUGGUAAACUUAUCCACACAUCGUACUCAGAGGCUCAUUGCUCUGGACUUCACCUCCUCAAAGAGAAGUUCUACUCGUUACUGAAAGUUGAGAAGCAUCCGAACUUUGGUCGUUUGGCUGUACUGGGACCAGACGAUGAGCUCAAUGACAAGGAGAAAGGCAUUAACUUUGUUCCAAUACAAAUGUUAAUCGAGACGCCAUUUGUACUCGACGUUGUAUACUCUACGGAGGGCUUACCCAGCCCCCCCCUGAAAGGUGAUGAGUACACGAAUGCAUUGGAGAACUACAAAAAGGAGUUCGAUGAGAAAUUCGAGAAGGAGUUCAAUUUGAAGAAGAAAGGAUAUUCAGACCAAGAUGUCAAGAUAGCAAAGGCUGCGAUGUCCAACAUGAUCGGUGGUAUCGGCUACUUCUACGGAGCCAGUCGGGUCCAGUCGCAGUACACGAAGGAGCCGGUCCCGUACUGGCGGGCGCCGCUGUAUACAGCUGUACCCAGCAGAUCCUUCUUCCCACGAGGCUUCCUCUGGGAUGAGGGAUUCCACGGCUUGUUGAUAGGGAAGUGGUCUCCAGAAAUUCAACUCGAUAUAGCGGCUCACUGGCUGGACCUUAUCAAUGUUGAGGGCUGGAUACCACGUGAACAAAUCUUAGGAGCGGAGGCGUUGGCAAGAGUACCCAAGGAGUUCGUGGUGCAGAGCAACGCGGCUGCUAAUCCGCCGAUGUUGCUGCUGCAAAUUGCGAAGCUCGUUCGGACCAAGCCGCAGAUGUUUGAACACCGCUACGCGAGCAGACACACCCUGGACCGUAUGUUCCCGAGGUUGCAGGCAUGGUACCAGUGGUUCCAGACGACCCAGAAAGGCGAAGAACCCACGUCGUACAGGUGGCGCGGUAGAGAAGACGAUGGCCUUCAGUUGAAUCCUAAAACUUUGACUUCCGGUCUUGAUGAUUACCCAAGAGCAUCGCACCCGUCGGACAUUGAGCGUCACGUUGACCUUCGGUGCUGGAUGUACGCGGCUGCGGACGCGAUGGCCACCAUCGCGAGAGUGCUGGAGCGGGACACUGACAAGUUCGAAGCGGUCCGAGCCCAGCUCGGCGAUGAAGAUCUCUUGAACGAGUUGCACUGGUCGUCGCACACGCAGACAUACGCUGAUUAUGGCUUACACACGGAUGGUGUUCGCUUCGUCAGGCAACACAGCAAGAAUCAACAGGAAGGCUCCAAAGUGGUUCGGAGCGUUACAAUCGCUCCCCAACCGAGAUUGGUGACAUCCGCAUUCGGCUACGUGUCCCUAUUCCCGAUGCUCUUGAAGGUUUUGAAGCCGGAGAGUGAGAAGCUGGGUAAAAUAUUGGAGAUGCUGGACAAGGAGGAGCUGUUGUGGUCUCCUUAUGGUUUAAGAUCUCUGUCGAAGUUGUCGCCGCUGUACAUGAAGCGCAACACCGAGCACGACCCGCCGUACUGGCGCGGGCAGGUGUGGGUCAACAUCAACUACCUGGCGCUGUCGGCGCUGCAGCACUACGCGCGCGCCGCCGGCCCGCACGCCCCGCGCGCGCGGGACCUGCACCGCCGCCUGCGGGACAACCUCGUCGGUAACAUACUGUCGGAGUACAAACGGACAGGCUACCUCUGGGAACAGUACUCCGGUGAGGACGGACACGGAAGCGGCUGCAAACCGUUCAGCGGCUGGACGGCGCUCGUGACGCUCAUCAUGGCCGAUGAGUAUUACUUGUAAAUAUUAUCUCAUCGGACUCGUUAAAAAUUGUAAGCCAAAGUGGGCCUCGAUCCAACCACACUAGUCGCUCCAAGUUUAUUUGUAUGGAUCUAAAACAUCCUCAUUAUAAAGCAGACACACGUGACAGUUAAGCGCGGAACUAUUCUGUAUAAACAGUCGAAACUCGCCGCAAUACACGAUCGUGAAAUGUCAGAAGUAUUGCGAUAUUGUCUAUAAGAAUAAUAAUAUUUAAUCGUGGGUCAGUUUUCAGCAUUUCAUUAGUAAAUUAUUAUUGACGCACAAACCAUAUUUUUUUUGUAUGUUGAU